GCUGCCGUUGAAUCUCACAGUGCUGUCCCAGGCCAGGGCGUUUGCUAUCUGAGCUCUUCUUGUCAGACGGGGGGGGGCAGAACCAACAGUCGUCUUUUCAGCAUUGAGCGGACUAAUGUCUGAUCUAUAGUAGAUAUGGAUUUCGACGCUUUAUUUAACGAAAAGACUUUUCAGUUUUCGGACUUCCAGGAGUUUACGUUUCUUCCUGGACACCAGAAGUUGACUGAACGAGUGAGAAAGCGCCUGUAUUAUGGCCUGGACAGAGACGUUUCUUUAGAUGCCCUAUCUUGUCCUGUUACAGAUAUCGCCGUUGAAAUCUUCCAGAAGUCGGCUCCAAGUCCAAUACGAAAGCUUCAGAAGAAGUAUGCUGCACACGUUUCCAGGGAGGCUUGCAUCUCGCCAUGUGCCAUGAUGCUGGGUCUAGUUUACAUUGAAAGGCUCCGUCAUAGAAACCCUGAAUACCUACAAAAGAUCUCCUCCUCUGACCUCUUCCUGAUCUCCAUGAUGGUUGCCAGCAAGUACCUGUAUGAUGAAGGAGAGGAAGAAGAGGUUUUCAACGAUGAGUGGGGAGCAGCUGGGAAGUUGGACGUCAAAACUGUCAAUAACCUGGAGAUGAACUUCUUGAAUGCCAUUGAGUGGAGCCUCUUCACAGAGCCAAAUGACUUAUUUGAUACACUAAGUCAACUGGAAACCAGCAUUGCAGAGCGGCAGGGGAUGAAACGCGGCUGGUUCUCCUACACAGACCUCUAUGUACUACUGGAGAAUCGGCAGUGGAGUCAAGCCCUUACAGCCAUUUACCAGCACUUUAUCAAGGUAUCCUGUAUGCUUGGCCUGGUCUAUCUGACCAGUGUGGCUGGCCUUAUUGGCACCAGUGCUGUGCUGCAGCAGCUGAGUCUCUCCAAAAGUGGACAGUCCCUGCUUCCAACUCCAGCUGAGACUAGCCCGACCCUCCUUCAGAACUCCGACCUAAUUGCAGAAGCUCCUUCUGCAGCCCGGCGCCUCCCCUGUUGUGUUCUGGCCAACAAGAGUCUGAACCGUCAAACUGGUUCACUUGGAAUCGACCAGGACCAAAUACAAAGUCCACCAUCGGCUUCCUCACAGACCUCAGUAUUGUGUCUCUGGGGCUCCCUCCUUGCCUCAAUGGGUCACAUACAUCCUGAAACAGAUUCUGAUAUGGAAGCUCCUCAAACCUGGUCUCCUGUCUCCUUCUUCUGUCCUGGCUGUCUUGCAUCCCUCCCUCCUCUUGAGUGCGGCCUUAGAAACGCCUCAACACUCUUCACUCAUGGUCCCCUUCAUAACCAUCAACAUCAUGCACCGUGGCUGGCCUCCAGCCUCCUUGGGGGGGCGGAACCAGGUCUGAACUCUCGCCUGGGGGUGUUUCCCCCUAUACAGAUGGGACCCUGCCAUCCAGAGACUAUGUUACCUGUCGACAAAGCUCAAGCUCUGCUCAUGCCCGGCUAGUGAAUGGCACACUCCACUGCUGUCCACCUGUGGUAAUGGCCUCUGGAAAUGAAACCAGCAUUGUUUUCAUGACUCAUCGGCUGCUUCAAGUCAUGUCCCGUUUUCCAGAUCUAGAAUACAGGUGCAAAGGCGAGAGUAAUUGGGCACAGAAAGAUUGCGAGUUUGGAAAUUCCCUUACAGCUCAGCACUGCAGAAUAAAUUUGCCAUAAGUAACAUGCCAUAGUGUUCAAUAAUUGUCUGCAACUUGUUUUAAAUGCAGACUAUCACAAGGACUUAUUAUAGUUUGAUAUGUUUUUCUUGACUGCAACCAAAUUGUUUUGCUACCCACAUGUAUCAUAUUUUGGAAGUUCAGAGCUGUCAGGUGGUGAUGUAGGGCCUUUGUGAGGGGUGUGGUAUUUUGAGUUAUUAUAUUACAGGUGUAAUAUUAAAUAGGAUUUUUACAAGGUAAGUUAAUGAGUGUUUGUAGGUUUCACAGCAUAUCUCAACGUUGAGGGUUUUUUAUUGAUGGGGUUCUGUGAGAAGGGACUAAACCAGUUUAUUUAGCUUAUCCAUAUUUCCUUAGUGUCACCAUUUAUUUUGCAUUGAUGCAUAAGGAUACAUCAGACAUUGGUCAUACACCUGCAGCAAGCACUGAUUUUGUACACCACAGUUUUCUAAGUUUGUGAAACAAAUUGUCUUCUGUCCUUGUAAACGUUCCCCUUUUAUUCAAGAGAAAGAGUCGAAGAAAGGAAAUAGACAGUUUGAAUGCAGACACGUCUCCAUACCUCACUAACUCUAUGUGGCAUCAGGAGGUCACAUGACCUCAAAGCCACUUCUCUAACAGGGUAAUGUAGCCAUACUUAAGAGAUUAACCUACAAACCUUCCCUUUCUUCAAUGGGUGAAAGGUCUGCAUAAAAAGGAUGGGGUUCUGGGAUUUCAUGCAGUUUGUAAUUGGUUUCUGGUUGGUGCUUUUGAAGUGAACAUUCUGAUCAUAACAUGUUACACGCUAACAGAAGUGUUUCUUUGUUGAUGCAGUCUGGAAUUUGCACAUCUGGCUCCAUUUUCACUGCAACAAGAGAUUUCACUCUAUUAUUACAACAUUGUCACGUGUAUCUUUUUAAACACCGGAGGAAAAUGUAAAGAGUUGGUUUCUUUUCAUGUACAGAGUUAUACAUAGUCCCCUGGACAUUCACUUUGUAUUUGAACCUUCAACAAAAUUGCUAUAAGCAUCUGCAUUUGAUACAGCACGAAGUCCUUUAAUUUUGUACAUGUAAAAUGCAAAUAUUGUACAAAUCUGUAGAAAAACCAAGAACUAAUAAAGGAUGCAUUUCUUUGUGA